UUGGGGUGAUGGAAACAUUGUUGUCGCCCCCUGUGGAACAGAAACAAAACAAAGCUGCAUUCAAGACCGUGCAGCACCGGAGCGGUUGUAUGAGGUUGUAUUGUUGUAUGACAAGUCCAUCUUGUAAAAUCAAUAAUUGGUGUUGCAGUUUACAGUCUUAAUGUUAAACGAGGUGGCUUAAAAGUCUUAAAUUCAUCCGGUCAUGCUGUAACGUGUCAGAAGCGCUGCAUGUAACGUUACGAGCUUUUCAGCUGUUUUCCGUCAGUGUGGCGGGACGUUCACGAACACACAGCCACCGUUUGUGUCAUUUGGCAACACAGCCGUACCCACUUCCUGAUUUCACAUCACAGCAACAGAUGAGAGCGACUGUUUCACAGCCGACAACCGUCUCACACUCACAUUUUUUACACCGACGACUAGAAGAGACGUUUCGGGUACGGCUCCAGCGUCGUGCCGCCGGUCCGCUGCCAUGGUGGAGACUCCGGCUGGCUGCCUAUUUGAAGACAUCCAGCAUGAAGACAUCCAAGUUGAAGCGGCUGUUGGCAGAGGCACGUUUGGAGUUGUCUACAAGGCCGUGUGGAAAGGAAAAGAUGUAGCAAUCAAGACUAUCGAGAGCGACAAUGAAAAAAAUGCUUUCCUUGUCGAGCUCCGCCAGCUCUCCAGGGUGAAUCACCCCAACAUAGUGAAGCUGUUUGGCUCCUGUGACAAUCCAGUGUGUCUGGUCAUGGAGUACGCAGAGUGUGGCUCUUUAUAUAACCUCCUGCACAGUGCUGAGCCACAAGCCCCCUACACAGCUUCCCAUGCAAUGAGCUGGUGUCUGCAGUGUGCCCAGGGUGUUGCUUAUCUGCAUGCUAUGAAACCAAAGGCCUUAAUUCACCGGGACCUCAAACCACCAAAUCUGCUGCUCGUGUCUCGUGGCACAGUGCUGAAGAUCUGUGACUUUGGAACAGCGUGUGACAUUCAGACUUACAUGACCAACAAUAAAGGCAGCGCAGCCUGGAUGGCUCCAGAAGUGUUUGAAGGCAGCAACUACAGUGAGAAGUGUGACGUGUUCAGUUGGGGCAUCAUCCUGUGGGAGGUCAUCACACGCAAAAAACCCUUUGAUGAGAUCGGUGGCUCUGCGUUUUGCAUCAUGUGGGCCGUUCACAGAGGUACUCGUCCUCCUCUGAUCAGAGACCUCCCAGAGCCCAUAGAGACUCUGAUGACCCGCUGCUGGGACAAAGAGCCCAGCCAGAGACCCUCCAUGGAGGAGGUCAAGAACACAAUGAGCCGUCUCAUGAAGUACUUCCCAGGUUCUGAUGAGCCACUGAAGCUUCCUCACCAGUCCUCAGCCAACAGGAGUGGCUCUUCAUCAGCCACCAGCACAGGCUCGUACGCUGACUACACCAUCAACAGCAACAAGAGUGACGACAACGCGGAGCACAGAAACUCUGUCGGCAAAGAGGAAACCCUGAAAAGCUUUGAGGCUUUCCCGCUGCAGUUCAAACCUUCAAAGCAGACAGCCACACUGAGAACUGGUGUGUCCAGAGUGUCCAGUGUGGACAGCCAACCAGGACGCUCCCAAAGCCCCACCCGCUCCAACAGCCCUGUAGCCACCAUCAGCCAAUCAGAGCUGAGGAUGACGUUUAAUCCCACAGCUACCAAUGGUUUAGACAGCUCCAUUUCCUAUCUGAAACUGGAUCACCAGUUACAGCCUCUGGAACCGUGUCCAAACUCCAAGGAGUCCAUGGCUGUGUUUGAGCAGCACAUCAGACUGGCUCAGGAGUACCUCAAAGUCCAGUCAGAGAUCGCUCACCUUGUGAGGAGGAAACAGGAGCUGAUGUCUGAGUUGGAGGAGGACCAGAGGGAGCAGCAGACUUCAACUCGACUCAUCCAGGAGCACAGCAAGCUGCUGGAGGACAACAGCAGCCUGUCUACCUUCUGCCAGGGCCUGAAGAGCAACCUGAGCAUGAUCAAGAGUCAGAACCAGCACCACAGCUAGGACCUGAGGCCUGGACACAGCACACACUCCAUGUCAUUUUUAUUUGUCUGAAGCCUGAGAGGAAUCACUCCAUGAGUUGACCAUGAAGCAGUGAAGCUGCUAUCCUUGGAAAAUAACACCUUCUAAUUUACCCCAAAAGAGUGUCUCAAGAUAACAUUACAAGCGUGUCAUUAGUGGCUUUAAAGUCAAGCUGAAACUUGAAUUACUUUUUUUGUGUAAUGAAAUUUAA